AUGGCAGCGUUCCGAGCGGCGAUCGCGCUGCUCCUCGGGCGCGCCGCGGCGCUCUCCUUCGUCGGCAUCGAGGAUUACGAUGGCUCGACGGGCGACGGCGGCGACUUCGGCGGCAGCGCCUCCGACGGCUCGAGCAUCGUCCUCUAUGGGCAGGAGUACUACGACGACGACCCCUACCUCACGAUCCUCGACGGCAGCCUGGCCUACAAGAUCAACCAGUUCCCCGCCGAGGGCGACGGCGACUCCUACGAGGAGACGCCCACCUUCGUGCAGAUGGACGACGGCGAGGUGACGUACUACUGCGAGGACGCGACGCAAAACACGGCCGCCUACACGGUCGAGGAGUGGUACGAGGACGACGCCUACGUGCUGGACGUCGCGUGGUCCGACGUCGACCAGAUCCAGCGCUACUUCAGCCAGGACUUCCUGGUCCUCGAGGCGUCGAACGACCUCGUCAAGUUCUACGGCGAGUACGCGGAGUGGACGGUGACGGCGGACGACCUGGGCUUCGACGACGUCGACAGCUUCCUGUUCGUGCACCGGGACGACCACGUCGACGACGACGCCGUCCACGCCUUCUACGUCGUCGGCAACGUCGCGGACUCGAGCUCGCGCGGCGUGGCGAAGAUCGCCGAGUACGACGGCGGGGUCCUGUGGACGGCGGCCGUCGAGACGGACUCGGGCACGCCCCGCAUGUUCUGGACGGGGUCCGAGCUCCUGCUGUGCUCGAACUCGUUCUACGCGCGCAUCGACCCGGGCGACGGGUCGACGAUCCUGCUCGACGAGACCGGGGGCCUCUGGCUGCCGGGCUCCGGGCCGGUGAUCGUCGCCUACGCCGCCGCCGAGGACGCCAUCUACUCCGCGGGCUACGUGGACGGCGCGGCGCUGAUCCGCACGAGCGACCGCGCGUCGGGCGCGUCCAUCGCCGAGCUCGACUUCACGGCCGAGCUCGACGCGCGGGACCCCGGCACGUCGCGGUCCGACUACCCGGACGAGUGCGACUACGACGACGAGACGCUCGACUGCGGCGGGUCGACCUGCGACGGCUACGCGGGCGUCGACGGCUGCGACAGCAUCGACGACGAGGACGACGAGGGCGUGUGCUGCCAGAGCGCGGGGACGUGCUGCUACAUGAACUUCUACGACUGGGCGGAGAAUCGGUGGUACGUCAAGGGCACGCCCGAGAUCACGGACGUCCACGUCAUGGACUCGGGCAAGGUCGUCGUCGUCGGCGCCUACACGGGCAGCCAGUACGACGAGGACGGCUACCACGAGCCCUUCACGGCCGAGUUCUCCGCGGCGAGCUCGAGCGACGACGACUCGAGCGCCUGCGCGGACUCGACGUCCUGGUACCGGAAGAAGUCGAAGAACACGUGCGAAAAAUACGUCGCGAAGAAGGCGGCGAAGAACUGCCUGAAAACGGACGACGACGGCGUCUACGCGUUCGAGGCCUGCCCGGAGACGUGCGGGUCCUGCGGCGAGGCGUGCGCGGACGACGCGACGUGGUACAAGAAGAAGGCGUCGCAGAACUGCCGCUGGGUCGUCGAGGGCGACGGCCUCGAGCGCUGCGAGGAGAAGAGCGCCGCGGACGGCGCCUACGCCUACGAGGCGUGCCGCUUCGCAUGCCGGUCCUGCGACGCGACCCGCGACGCGCGCGUCCCGUGCUGCGAGCCGCUGGGCUGCGUCACCGACUGCGUCUAUCCCUGGUGCAUGUUCACCUGCGACACGUGCUGCUGGGCGACGCUGCGCCUCGGCCCGUGCCUCGACAAGGCGCCGUCGCAGCCCAUCCCGGGGUAUUGUCUGUGGCCGUCGCACAAAGUCCUCAAAAAGGACCCGAAGCGCGCGGCGUGGCUUCGUACCAAGUUCGACCUCUGCCAGCGCCUCGACCGCUACACGAUCCGGCACCCGCGGUGCCGCUGCUGCGGCGUCGGCUUCGGCAGCGAGCUCCACGCGUCGACGUACCUCGGCGGGUCCUUCUACGGCCACUACGACGACAUGUUCGGCGCGAACUUUUGCUGCGGCCAGAAGGUCGUCGUCGCGGAGCCGAGACUGGUCGAAACGUCGCUCCUCGAGCCGAGCGGCCGCGGCUUCCACCUCCACAUGUACAACCUGCGCGGGGAGGUCAUGCCGAAGAUCGGCGGCGAGACGUCGUUCCUGCUGGCGCUGCCGAACGGCGACGACGCGACGGCCGCGCACGCGAAGCUCCGGGCGCUCGUCUUCAAGUACUGCGCGGGGCCGGCCGCGAUCGCGCGCGCGCGGCCGCGGGACCCCGUCGCGGCCGCGCUGCUCUGGAAGCUGCGGACGUCGUGCGCCGAGGACCCGGCCAACGCGGCGAACGUGCAUUUUCCGACGUUCGUCGUGCGCUUCGUCCACUGGUGCGUCUUGGGCAUGAGGGACAUCGACGACGGCGCGUUCGCGCUGCUCUUCGAGGCGAACAUCACGCCCGUGGACGCGGGCGAGUUCCCGCCCCACGGCGUGCGCUACCUGCACCGGGAGAUGAACAUGCUCGGCGAGGGGCCCGUGAAGCACUUCCCGAAGCUCCACGCGAAGAUCGCGGCGCUCUACGCGGCGGCGCUGCGGGAGCUCCGCUUCGAAGGCAAGUUCUGCGCCGCCGAGGACUUCGCCGCGUCCCUCGUGCCCAUCAUGGCGCUCGCGGGCUGCUUCGGGCCGCUCGACGCGCUCCUGCAGCUCUUCCCCGAGCACAACAAGUGGAGCAACCUCGCGGACCCGCUGGCCGCGGCGGCCUUCGCGUGGCCCUGGGACGACCGGGCGAAGCUGCGGCUGUGCGCGAUGGAGGCCCAGCGCCUGUCGCCGGGCGUCUUCGGCACGACGCUGCACGACGCAGGUCUGCCGGCGGCCGUUCUCGACGCGCAUCGGGUCCGAUGA